AGAGAUUGCUAUUACAAAUGGUUGCAUUAAUAGAAUGAGUAAGGAAGAACUCAGAGCUAAACUUUCAGAAUUCAAGCUUGAAACCAGGAGUAAAGGAUGUACUAAAGAAGAGGCUGAAAAACUAUUAUAAGAAGCAGAAGCUGAUGUUGAAAGAGGACAAUUGUGCUGACAGUUACUACGACUACAUUUGUAUUAUUGACUUUGAAGCCACUUGUGAAGAGGGUAACCCACCCGAGUUCAUACAUGAAAUAAUUGAAUUUCCUGUUGUUUUACUGAAUACUGGUACCUUAGAAAUAGAAGAUACGUUUCAGCAGUAUGUGAGACCAGAGGUUAACACCCAGCUUUCUGAUUUCUGCAUCAAUUUAACUGGAAUUACUCAGGAUCAGGUAGACAGAGCUGAUACCUUCCCUCAGGUACUGAAAAAAGUAAUUGACUGGAUGAAAUUGAAGGAAUUAGGAACAAAGUAUAAGUAUUGCAUAUUAACAGAUGGUUCGUGGGAUAUGAGUAAGUUCCUGAACAUUCAGUGCCGGCUCAGCAGGCUCAAAUAUCCUCCUUUUGCUAAAAAGUGGAUCAAUAUUCGAAAGUCAUAUGGAAACUUUUACAAGGUUCCUAGAGGCCAAACCAAGCUGACAAUAAUGCUUGAAAAACUAGGAAUGGAUUAUGAUGGGCGGCCACACAGUGGCCUUGAUGACUCCAAGAAUAUUGCCCGAAUAGCAGUUCGAAUGCUUCAGGAUGGAUGCGAACUCCGAAUUAAUGAAAAAAUGCAUGCAGGACAGUUAAUGAGUGUGUCUUCCUCAUUACCAAUAGAGGGCGCUCCACCUCCACAAAUGCCACAUUCUAGAAAAUAACAGCAUUUUUGCCUUUUGCCCAUGGAUCAUUCACUAUAACUGGAGUUGCUACAAAGGGGUAGCAGAUGAAUACUUAUUGAACUAGUCUUGCAGUGCAAAAUUUAAGCACCUUAGAUAUAAAAUCUUAUUUACAGUUAUAGAUACAUAUACGUGAACAGAUUCUGUGGAGAGGGCAUAUUGAAUUAUUUGUCACCAGCACUUUUAUAUGAGCAGUAAUUGUUACACAGUAACAGUUCCUUUAGAACUGAAUUUUAUAGUUUAAGGUGUCUAAGAUGUGUUUCUUUUGGUUUUAAAUGCAAAGGUUUAUUGAGUUUCCCUUUGAUUGUCAUCUCUUACUGAGUUAAAAUAUAUAAUGUAUUUCUACAUUAACAUCAUUAGAUCAAAUUAUUUCUUAAUUGCAGAAAAGGUUGGAAGGUGGACCUUAUAUAGCUUUUGGUUUCUAAGAAUAUUAUAGUCCUAUUGAUUUUUGAAGUUUAUAUGUGAAGUUCAACUGUUUGUGGUGAAUUUCAUAAAGUACUUGGUACACAUACUUGUCUGUGUUUGUUUUCAAUUUAUAAUUGUAAGACUUGUGAUAGAUUAUAGGGUCUGGUUAAAAAUUUAGCACUGAUGACAAUGGCAAGUCAGAAGAAAGUACCAUUUAAAGGAAUAUCAGGGCUAUACCUCAGACUUUAUAAUACACAGAUAAAUCAGUGGGAUUUGGGGACUUGGCUUUUUGAUUCCACUCCUUCUCAUGACAUAUAUCUGCCCUAAUUCUUAAAUCUAAGAGACCAUGCUUUGAAGUAGACUUAAAAACUAAGGGUCAUAAUUUUUCAUUUGUAUUCAACAUUGUGAGUGAGGUUAAUAAAGUCAAGUAAUGCUUUCUA